GGCUGUAGAAGAGACUAAUAUUGGUUGAUGUAGUUUACCGUAGUCUGAAAGAAGGGGAAAAGUGGGAUGUAUUCGGCAAGGUCCCCCCUCUCCCGCCUCCUCGAAAUGUCGACACCCCCUCUGAUCUACAUAGAAGCAGUGCCUGAGUACUUUGGGGUCAGUUGUUGAAUGGGACAGGGUACAUUAGACUAUUCCUAUUGCAUCAAGGACACAUGUGGCUAAGUAAAUCUAGUCCACUGUCGGAUUACCAUCACUUCCAUCGAACUUUUUGUUGGAUAUAUACCACUAAAGAGGACGGAGCAUAAGCAAAUGGGAAUAGCUUUUUCUUCACUUUUUGCUGGACUCGGGUUUCGUUUUACAAUGAGUGAAAAGGAGCAGAGAAGCUCCCCCGCGGAUUUAAGAGAGUGAGGAGGAUUACAGUGGAGCUCAUAGCAGGCACAACGGCACACACGGCAACCGGAGCUGGAGCCAUGAGCAGAGCGCUUACAGACCAUAUCAGCAGUAGCUUCCGAGAAGAUGCUCCCCGUCCCCCGGUGCCGGGGGAGGAGGGAGAGGCGUCAUGCCAUACUCCCAGCAAACAUGCCAAAAUGAGAGCCCAAAAUAAGGCUAAAACUAUCACCGUCGCGUCUCCCGGCUCCACGCCGAGGAGGAACGAGGAUGGACUCGGGGAACCUGAGGGUAGCGCGUCGCCGGAUUCACCCCUCGCCCGGUGGACCAAGUCGUUGCAUUUUCUCCUUGGUGACCAAGACGGUGCUCACCUGUUCAGGACCUUUCUGGAGCGGGAGAAAUGCGUGGACACGUUGGACUUUUGGUUCGCCUGCAACGGGUUUAGGCAAAUGGACCUCAAUGAUACCAAAACGCUACGAGUUGCCAAAGCUAUUUUCAAGCGGUACAUUGAAAACAACAGCAUUGUUGCCAAGCAGUUGAAACCUGCCACUAAAACCUACAUAAGGGAUAGUAUUAAGAAGCAACAGAUAGACUCUGCGAUGUUUGACCAAGCACAAACGGAAAUUCAGUCAACCAUGGAGGAGAAUGCGUACCAGAUGUUCUUAACUUCCGACAUAUACCUUGAAUAUGUGCACACGGGGUGCGAGAACACGGCUUAUGCCAACCAUAGCGGUCUCGGGAGCCUCAAGUUGAUGUGCGGAUUUCUGCCACCUCUCAUUGAGGAAGAGGAGUGGAGUUGUGACUUGAAGGCGAACACGUUAGCCUCUGUGGUUGGACUAUCUGCUAAUGCGCUACGGGCCACUGCUUCCAUUCGGACUGCGGCGGAAGUGCUGGAGAAUGGGUACAGGUCACACAGACGCGGAGACGCAGCCAGUCCCUACUUUGUCAACUCGGGCUAUGUGUUCGCCCCCGCCACCAGUGCCAACGACAGCGAGAUCUCCAGCGACGCCAUGACGGACGACUCCAUGUCCAUGACCGACAGUAGUGUAGAUGGGAUCCCUCCAUACAAGCUGGGCACCAAGAAGCAGCUCCAGCGGGAGAUGCACCGCAGCGUGAAGAUCAACGGCCUGGUCUCGCUACCCCACUUUCCCAGGACACACAGGCUGCCUAAGGAGAUGACACCGGUGGAGCCCUCGGCCUUCGCCGCCCAGCUCAUCUCCAGACUGGAGAAACUGAAGAGGGAGCGGGACACCAUGAGCUCCCUGGAGGAGAGGCUACAGCAGAUCCAGGAGGAGGAGGAGAGGGAUGAGAGCGACCUCUCCAGCGCCGUCCCCCUCCACCACCCCCUGCUUCACACCUCGUCCGGCGCCGACGAGGACGCCCAGGCCAUCCUAGACGAGCACCUAUCCCGGGUGCUCAAGACGCCCGGGUGCCAGUCGCCCGGCGUGAUCCGCCACUCGCCCCGCUCGGGCUCUCCCGACCGGCCCUCCCCCGCCGUGGUCCCUUUCCUGGGGCCCUCAUAUCCGGGGGCCUCCAAGGGCCCGUUGGCUGGGAGCAGGCAGUCGACCAAGCACAUCCACCACCACUACAUCCACCACCACACCGCCACCGGCCCCAAGAGCAAGGAGCAGAUCGAGGCCGAGGCGGCGCAGCGCAUUCAGUGCCUCUGUCCCCCAGGGGGCGCCGACUACUCCGACUUCACCCCCGGCCGCUGCGGCAGUUUGUCCAAGCGGCCGGGGAAGCCGUGCGAAGGCACACGCCCGAGCCAGGCUAACGGCGGUGACGGGGUCACGUCCCCGCCCCACCUGCCCCUGGACUCCACGGACCGCUCGCAGAACGUCUGGCAGUGGAUCCUGGAGAGCGAGAGGCAGGGCAAGAACAAACCUCACGGCGGCACUCAGGGCCUGAAGAAGAGCCACCUCCCGGAACCCUCCACGCCCAAGACCCUUCCCGGCCGAACGCACUCUUCCUGGGGAGGCGUGGGCGGCAUGGGGGGUCACCUCCGUGGAGGUCACCAUCCGGCCCACCCCUUCAUCCAGGACCCGGCCAUGCCCCCCCUGCCCCCGCCCAACACUCUGGCCCAGUUAGAAGAAGCCUGCAGGAGGCUAGAGGAGGUCUCCAAGCCCCCCAAACAGAGGCAUUCGACGUCCAGCCUUCAAAGAGACAGGAGUCAAUCUGUGCCUUUCCCCAGUGGAAACCCACCUCUGUCCAGCCCCGCACUUCAAACAGACGAGUGGAAAGAGCCAAAGAAGUCGAUUAGUGGCGUGAGCGUGUCUGGCUGUGACCUGGUGGUCACCUACUUCUUCUGUGGUGAGGAGAUCCCCUACCGCAGCAUGAUGAAGACACACAGUCUCACCCUGGGACACUUCAAGGAGCAGCUUAGCAAAAAAGGCAAUUACAGGUACUACUUCAAGAAGGCCAGCGACGAGUUUGAGUGCGGGGCCGUGUUCGAGGAGGUAUGGGAGGACGGCGCCCUUCUGCCCAUGUACGAGGGCAAGGUCCUGGGUAAGGUGGAGAGGAUGGACUGAUGCCGCCCUUAUGCCCACCCUACCUUACCCAUCAACCAAAUACCCAACCUCCAGGGCACAGACUGUCGCGAGGAACCGGAGUGAUUGACUUGAUUGGGGGAAAACGCUCCAGACUUUCUUUUCUACUAUUAGGCUAAAUAAGAGUUAAUAUAUCCAGCACAAGAGGAGUGUGAUUGAAGGAACACGAGCCAAUGAAGUAUGCCGAACCCAGAAGAGGCCCCGCCCCCCCUGACUUUCUAAACCAAUCAGCCUUAGAAACACAAGGGAACGACACUACAGACAGAGAGAGAGACGGUAACGUUGUGAGAACGUUGCGUCGCUCCCUGAUCACCUGCAAUGGACUGGCGACGGCGCCAGACGCCCCGCUAAUGCCGCCACCUGCUCUUAUAACGUUGUGCAAACGUUGCUACAACCUGAAACGUCUAUACGUGUGCAUAUACAUACAUGAAAGUAUGUGUAUAUAUACACAUGUAUCAUAUUCUAUCGAUGCGUUUUUGUCAUGAUUUGAAAGUUUGAGUAUUUAUUGAAAAAAUGUCCUCUCCCUCCCUCACCUUCAACUUGUCUUACCCACCACCCACCCACCCACCAAACCAACCCAACCCUGUCCCCCAUGUCCAGUUGAUGGACAAGCUGCUUCGAGUAUUGGGAGAAUACUGUGGUGAUUUUUUUUUAAAUUUACCUUGUAAUGUCACAAAGGUCACGACACUAGCCUAGUGCCCCCCCACUUCCCCUAACCCCCCCCCCUUUACCACUGUCCAACCUCACUGUACCAGGGGUCUGCUGAGACUGAACCUUCCACUGUCGUAGUAAACCAACCAACAACCCAGUCUUAAUAUAUGCUGCUGAUGUGUGUUCUCUUCCGUUUCUAAGCCAGAGUAAGAGUAGUUGCUUUUCUCUCACUCCAGCACCGAGCUCUCUCCUUUUUAGUUGUUGUGCCUUUGUUUCGUGGACCAGGCACCACACGGGGAAAGACGCGAAAGAAAGACGAGGAAGAGACAUGAAUUAGGAUUAGGUGAACAGAGAGGACCUGGAGAAAGAAAGUGUUUACAGCGAGCACACCAAAAUAACCUUGUCUCUGCUUCUAUUGAAAUGAACCACCUCUCCAGGAAGCGCUGGCUUAAUAUCGCCCACGUUUCAAAAUGGCUUCCGUUCCAUAUUUAUUAGCAACGACAAAACGUUUCAGAAAUGUUGCUCCAAUAGCUUUUGAAUGUCGUGAAAAGAACAUCUUAAACUACGGAGCUCCUGUAUACAUUUGUAAUUAUGCAUUUUUUGAAGUAUGGAUAAAAGGACACAAACACUAUUGCUAGUGUUUUUAUGAGUACAGCACCUGUGCCUACAUGGAUGCCAUACCAUGUACUACCCUGAUUCAGGGUGUUAAUAAUUAUUCCCUUGGUUUUCAGAAGGGUUUUAUGUUGAAAAUAUUUUUUUAUGCAUUUAAUAAUAUCCCGUAGUCAUGUUAUUUGUAUUUACGCCAUGUUUUUGUUUCGUUCUAUCUAAACUGUAAAUUAUACAUUAUAUACAGAGUUUCAUUUCAAGAUUUACCUGGACCUAUAAUUAUUGUAAUUAUUAAGAGAUGUAGCCUUUUAUUAAAGUUUUAUA